AUGUCGCGCGCGGCGCACGACGCCGUGCGGAGCCACCUGGACCUCGGCGGCGAGGAGGUGUCCGCCGGCGCCGCGGCCCAGCUCGUGCGCGAGUGCAAGACGGACCGCCAGGCCGCGGCGGCGCUCGCCGCGGCGCACGACGGCGUCGUGCGGGCGGGCUUCAGCGCGGCCGACGCGUCGCGGGCCCUCGCCUGCGUCGCCGCGCGGCGCGGCGCGCGCGCGUCGCUCGCGCGGCACGCGCUCGACUGGCUCUGCCUCCGCCUCGACCACGGGUCGCUGCCGCGGGCGUUCCGCGAGGACGACGAGGACGAGCGCAAGGGCCCGGACACGAGCCACGUCACCCUCGACAUCGUCGCGGCGACCGCGCCCCGGCCGCCGCCGGCGCCGGAGGCGCUCGCGCGGGACGCGAACGCGGACGUCGACGACUGGGAGGCCGCCGAGGACGAGGCCGCAGACGCGGCCGACGACGACGGCGGCGCCGCGGACCGCAAGGCCUUCGCGCUGCGCUACGCGGCGCAGCUCGCCGAGGCCGAGGUCGCCGAGGCGCGCGCCGAGGAGGCCAAGGCCGAGGAGCGCGCCGCGUGGGACGCGCUCCCCGCGGACGAGAAGCGGCGGCGCCUCGAGCGCGAGCUCGAGGCGCUGCGCGCGCGGCACCGCAAGCUCAAGCGCACGAAGCUCAAGCACGCGACCUGCGACAAGAAGACGGCCGUGCGCGACGAGGCCGCGGACAUCGGGGACACCAUCGCGGGGAUCGUGGGCGAGCUCGCGAAGCUGCCGCCGCCGCCGCCGAAGCACAAGAAGCAGCUCGCGCCGCGCGCGCCCGUCGACGACAGCGCGCCGGACCCGGAGGAGGCCCCGGCGCCCGUCGACGACGCGGGCUUCCUCGAGGGCGACCCCGGCGACGACGCCGCCGACGCGCGCGACCCGGCGCCGGCGCCGGCGCCGCCGGACGACGACGACGACGCCGUCGGCGACCUCUUCGCCGCGGCCGAGGCCGCGGCGGCGGUCGCGCCGCCCGUCGAGCACGCGCCCGCGGCGCCCGCGCGCGCCGUCGAGCCCGCCGUCGUCUGGAGCGGCGCGACGCCCCGGGAGAAGCUCGACCAGUGGUGCCGCGAGCGCGGCAACCCGAAGCCCCAGUACGAGGUCGCGUCGAAGGCGACGCUGCGCUGCCGCGUCUGGGCGCCCCAGCGCGAGCGCAUCCAGAAGAAGAACGCGCGCAAGGCCAAGGGCUGCGCGGCCGUCGGCCCGCCGACGCUCGUCGCAGGGCAGGACAAGAGAGCGAAAUUCCCAACUUCAAAGCCUCAUAUCUCGGCCGUUUUCCACUCGCUCGUCGCGACGGCGGACGUCGGCGACGCGAUGCUCGACCCCUGGGCGCGGAGCCGCGCGUGCCCCGGGGGCGCGUCGGGCGCGGGCCGCGACUUCGCCGCGACGAAGGCGCUCUACGCGCUGUCGCCGGAGCUGCCCCUCUACCGCGUGCUGCCCCCGCCGUUCCGGGGCUGGUGGCUCGACCGGCUCGAGGACGCGCGCGCGGCGCGCGACGCGGAGAACGCCAUCAGCGCCGAGGCGCGCCAGCAGCUCACGGACAAGAAAUUAGACGACGUGCUCCAGCAGGUGCUCGCGGCCAUGGAGGCGCGCGCCGUCGCGGGCGACGACGGCGGCGCGCCGCCGCCGCCGCCGGCCGCGGCGGCCGCGCCGCCGCCGCCCACGGACGCCUGGGAGGACCCGGCGCCGGCGACGGACUCCUGGGAGGACCUGCUCUCGAGCGACGACGAGGCCGCGGCGCCCGCGCCGUCGGAGGCGACGGCGAGCGUCGCCGCGCCCGAGGCCGCCGCCGCGCCCGAGGCGGCCGCCGCGGCGGACGCGCGGCGGCUCAAGCAGACCAAGGCCGGCGACGAGUGGAAGGCGUGGUGGCUCGCGCGGAAGCGGUCCAAGGGCUACAGCGCCAUGCGCGAGACGCGGAGCGCGCUGCCCGCGGCGAAGUCGCGCGACGCGUUCGUCGACGCCGCGGCGUACGCGGCGUCGCCGCGCCACGCGGACGGUAUUGUUGUUUGCGGCGAGACGGGCAGCGGCAAGACGACGCAGCUGCCCCACUUCAUCCUCGACUCGGAGCUCUGCGCCGGCGGCCUGCGGGCGUCCGACGUGCGCAUCAUCGUCACGCAGCCGCGGCGCGUCGCGGCGACGUCCGUCGCGCGCCGCGUCGCGGAGGAGUGCGGCGAGGACGACGUCGGCGGGCUCGUGGGCUACCACAUCCGCCACGAGCGGCGCGUGUCGUCGCGGACGAAGCUGCUCUUCUGCACCGCGGGCGUGCUCCUGCGCAUGCUCCGGGGCUUCUCGGACGACGGCGACGGCGGCGACGGCGACGACGGCGACGCGUUCGUCCGCGGGGCGACGCACAUCAUCCUGGACGAGGUCCACGAGCGCGCCGCGGACAGCGACCUGCUGCUGGCGGCGCUGCGGCGCGCCGUCGCGGCGCAGCGCCGCGAGGCCGCGGCGCGGCGGCGGAAGCUGACGUUGGUGCUCAUGUCCGCGACGCUCGACGCGAAGCUCUUCCAGAAGUACCUGGACACGGGCACGGGCAAGGCGGCGACGCCGACGCCCGUGCUGUCCAUCUCGGGCCGCGCGCACCCCGUCGCGGAGUACUUCCUCGAGGACGUCGUCGCCGCCGCGGGGCACCGCCACGACUUCGGCGGCGCGGCGGGCUUCGCCGAGUCGGGGCCGGGCCCGUCCGUGCGCGUCGCGCGGCGCGACGGCGGCGACGACGGCCGCCUCGAGCGGGCCAUGGCGCGCUACCGCGACGAGGAGGCCGAGCCCCACUCGGGGAACGCGCGGCUCGACUACGAGCUCGUCGUCGCGGCCAUCGAGUCCGUCGUCGACGGCGACUUCGCCGACGGCGCCGGGGACAGCGACGACGCGGCGGGCGGCGACGCGCGGCGGGCCGCGGGCGCGGGCACGUCGACGCUCGUCUUCCUCCCCGGCGUCGCGGAGAUCCGCCGCGUCGCGGACCUGCUCCGGGGCGGCCGGCGGUUCGCCGACGGCUUCGUCGUGGCGGAGCUCCACGCGAACGCGGCGCGCGACGAGCAGCGCAAGGCCUUCGACCCGGCGCCGCCCGGGUGCCGCAAGGUCGUCCUGGCGACGAACGUCGCCGAGAGCUCCGUGACGCUACCCGACGUCACGGCCGUCGUCGACUGCGGCCGCGUCAAGGAGGUGCGCCACCACACGGGCGGCUCGGAGAAGCUCUUCGCCGCGUGCCCCACGCUCCUCACGUCCUGGUGCUCGCGCGCGUCCGCGCGGCAGCGCUGCGGCCGCGCGGGCCGCGUCCGGCCCGGCGUCUGCGUGCGCCUCUACAGCCGCGAGCACUACGACUGCCGCCUCGCGGACCACCAGGAGCCCGAGCUCAUGCGCGUGCCCCUCGAGGAGCUGCUCCUCUCCGUGAAGCUCGCCUGCGACGACGCGCGCGCGACGUCGUCGACGUUCUUCGGCUCCGCGGCGGAGUGGCUCGGCGAGUGCCCGCAGCCGCCGCCGACGCACGCGCUGAGCGCCGCGCUGUCCGAGCUCGUGAGCGUCGGCGCCCUGGCCCACGCCGUCGAGGGCGAGGACGACUCCUGGGCGGCCAUGGAGGCGUCGCUGGGCGCGGGCUCGGACGCGUCGCUCGCGCUGACGCCGCUGGGAAGGCACCUCGCGCGGCUGCCCGUGCACCCGCGCCUCGGCAAGAUGCUCGUCUACGGCACGCUCUUCGGCUGCGUCGGCCCCGCGGCGUCCGUGGCCGCGGCCGUCGGCGCCGCGGGGCGCGCGGACGCGCUCUUCGCGCCGGACGCGACGCGGUCGCAAAAGGCCGCGCGCGCGCGCCUCGCGCCGCCGCGCGCGGACCUCGUCGCCGCGGGCCGCGCCCUCGACGCCUACCGCGGCGAGCCGGGCCAGCGGGGCCGCGCGGCCCUCGCGCGGGAGCUCGGGUUACACGAGCCCGCGGUCCGCGAGGCGCUCGACGCGCGCGACAACUUCGUGGCGCUCCUCGAGCGCGCGGGGCUCCUCGACCGCGGCGCGUCGGGCCGGCGCGACGCGCCGGCGAACCGCCACGCGGCCAACGCGAACGUCGUCGCGGCCGUGCUGCUCGGGGCCCUCGCGCCGCACGUCGGCCGCGUCGACGCCGCGGCGAGGGCCGACGACGGCGCGGCGAUCCGCGGCGCCGCCGUGGAGCUCAGCGUGCCCCGGGUGGCGUCGGCCCGCGCCGCGGGCGACGCCGACGCGCCCGCCGCGGGCGCCGCGCCGAGGCGCAAAGCCGUCAAGUUCGACAGGGCGAAGCUGAGCCCGUCGUCGUUCCUGGCGCUCGCCGACCUCGACGCGGCCGCGUGCCACGUCGCCUUCUUCAGCCGCCGCUGGGACACGAACCGGAGCAAGCUGCUUUUAGGCGGCUGCGCCGUCGCGACGCCCUUCGCGCUCCUGCUCAUGUACCCGGGCGACCUCGAGGUGCGGCACGCGGCGCGCGAGGCGACGCUCGCCAACUGGAUGACGCUGACCAAGGUGCCCGCGCGCACGGCCGUGCUCCUGCGCGAGCUGCGCAAGCAGCUCGGCUCGACGAUCCAGGCCCUCUUCGAGGCGCCCGCGGCCAACUCCGACGAGGCCGCGGCCGCGACGAUCGACGUCGUCGCGCGGCUCCUCGCGGAGGAGCCCACGCGCGCGAUCCUCGGCGAGUAA